AAAUUAUACAAGAAACGCACAUCUUGGGGAUUCAAUCUUGACUGUGACGGACGAGUUCGGAUAUGGAAUUUUUCGAAUUAUGCGCUCGCCUAUGAUUCCCUUCCGUAAUGUUUUACCUGUUUGUUAUUUUAUUGUGCCGGUUGCCGCGUUUUUGCCCGAUGCUGCAUAGGAAGUGAUGGUGGAACGAUGGCUGAAUUUCACAGCCAAUACAUUGAAAUCCUAUCAGAAAACUUGUGAAACACAUGGCUGGCGAGAACUCUUCUGAUUACCGUACAUCCUGUGCGGAAGAUAAUGACGAGAUUGAGGGCCUUAAUGACAAACUGAUACAACAACUUCUGUUGUCUUCGCCAAAGUUUUUCUCUUCGGAAUCCAACAAUUCACUGUGUGACAUUAGACUAGAAAACAAUAGUGGUUCUAAUAUAGACUCUAAGGCAUUUGGUUCUUUGUCGUUCAGCCAUUGCAGACAUGACUGCUCUCUUCUGUGUUAUGAUAGCCCAGCUAAGAUGUCAAGUACAUCGAAUCAUCUUCCACCCAUUGGCGUAUUUUGGGACAUUGAGAAUUGUCAGGUUCCUAAAGGUAGAUCCGCCAUAGGAGUUACACAGUUAAUUAGAGAUAAAUUUUUUGAUGGCUAUAGAGAGGCAGAAUUUAUAGUGGUUUGUGAUGUUCAGAAAGAGAAUAGCCAAAUCAUUCAAGAACUAAAUGAUGCUCAGGUUAAUUUAAUACACGUAGCUGCUACAUGUAAAAAUGCCGCAGACGAAAAGCUUAAACAGGCCAUUAGAAGGUUUGCCGACAUCCACGGCAGCCCGGCAGCUAUAAUCCUAAUAUCUGGCGAUAUUAAUUUUGCCGCUGAUCUCAGUGAUCUACGUCAUAGGAAGAAGAUUCAUGUGAUACUGCUACAUAAAAAGAAUACCUCAGAAGCGUUAAUAUUAUGCGCCAAUGAACAUUAUGACUUUAUGGAGCUCACGGAACCACUGCCGUCCAGACCUCCACCAAAGGGUUAUGAAUCCUAUGACCUUCUAAUUAGUAACCUUCCCAAUGAAACGGAUGUUAGUAUCAUUAAACGUCGUCUUAAGCAAUUAUCUGAAAAUUGCGGUGGUCGCGUGGUAGAUAUCCAGUCAAAUACUGCCAUUCUACGCUUUACGUCACACAGUUCUGCAGACAGGGCUCAGAAGCGUAUGGAAGGAGAACUUGUUCUUGGAUCGAAAAUAUCUGUAAAAUAUCUCGGGAAGGAGAAAGGAAACAUAAUUGUCAAAAGUCUAGGAAGUAUCAUAACUCGGAGUAGGGCAGUUAGUGAUUCGGAAAUUGUUACUGACUCUAGGCAAAGUAACUCUAAACAAAUGUAUGCUGCGAGUGCCUCUGUGCUAGGGCAAAGGACCCUCCAAUUUCCACAUGUUCAGUCCUCGUCCUCUGUAGUGGGUGGCUAUCCUGCUUUCAAUCCCCAUUGCGCACCCAUCAAUGGCCCACCAUCGGGGCUAAUACAACCUCCAAUAUUUUUUGAGAGAUCGUAUCUGAAUAGUGGAGAGGUAUCUUUUAAUAGGACGUACAAUGACCUUACUAGGGUGCAAUCACCAAAUAUAAUAUGGCCACUGGCGGGACCUCAACAAUAUGGCCAUAUAUGGGAACCACAAUAUAAAGCAGAGAAGUCAAAGAUAUUAAAUAAACGGACUCACGUCCCGCAGGUUCGGGACAAUAAUGUUGCUGUUACCACAACUUCUCGCACUCCUGAAGGUCUUAGGCGCAUCAGAGGUACACAUGGUACAUUUCUUCAUGCUUCUGAAUGGAUUGGAGGACGGCAGCCAUACAAUUCAUUAGCUGUUCCACUUGGUUAUAAUGUGCAAUCCAAUCCGUACAAACGACGUAGUCCUUCUCCGCUGUAUGAUGCGCCGACUAGAGAAAAGAGCUCAUGGCACAGUCAGAAUCAACAACAGCAGAUUUCUACACGAAAUAAUAAAACACCAUCACCUUACGAAAAUAAUAUGUUACAAGGGACAGGACAACAUAAUCAAACAUCACGAUCGCAUCUGAGUGAUGCAGAAAACGAAGAAGUAGAGAAGUUUUUUAAUCCUGUAAAUAAUCGCGUCGGACAUAACACCAAUAAUGGCACUAAUAUACCCAUCGAAUUGCAAGUAACGAAUUUAGAUCAAAACAUCGAUAUGAAAGACAUGAAGCGAAUUCUUUCGUCUGUGUUCAUGGAACACGUCUCGAGCUGUCAUAUUUCUUUAUUUACACAAUCGGACGGUAAUUACGCCGCUAGCGUGAAAGUACCUUCAUUAUCGGACGCACAAUAUGCGAUCUCACAAUUACACCGUCGUAAAAUAGGCUACAAGCGCAUUUUGAUAUCUUACGCUCAUAUCGGUGGACCAAAUUUGCAACUUAUCCGAGCACAAAUCGUAUUGCUCUUGCAAGAGGUCCCGGGACACAAACUACCGUUAUUCAAAUUUCGCGAGAUGUACGAGAGCCGAUUUAUGAUUUCUAUAAGCGUGUCAGAACUUUACAAGAUGAGAGACGUAUGCAUAAUCACUGAAGAUCCGAGUGGCAGAAUGGUCUCGCUCAAUCCGGAUCAUAGAAACACACCGUCGCCGUGCUUUAGUAAUACGAUACAGGAUGGACAAGUCAAGUUACCGUAUUGCACAAUGCAUACCUCGAAACCAUUAUCGGACAAAGGCUGGGCGGAACAAGAAAUGGCAUCCUUACCUAACGUAAAGAUCUCUUUGAAACUUCUCGAGUCUCGUUUGCAACAGUUACUAGCGUCGCACAAUGGUAUUCUACCCUUGCCAAGUCUACCGAACUGUUACGAGGCCGAAUUCAAAGAGCAGUUAGAAAUUGUAGAGAAAGGUGUACCUUUAGAGCAUUUGGUAUCGUGCUUGUCAUGUGUUGAAUUAAGACAAGAUAUCGGCAGUGUGAAAUACAUUGUGUGGAUAGGGAAGAAGGAUCAUGAAAAUAAUCACGAUGAAACCAAGUGCGUGAGUCCACCGCUCGCGAAUCAGCUAGCUCUUUUUAGCCGUGAAUUGGUCGAUCUUCUGAAAACCGCGAAGCACUGCCAAUUACCAUUCAAUCGAUUUAUACCGGCGUAUCACCAUCACUUCGGACGACAGUGCAGAGUCGCUGAUUAUGGGUUCACUAAACUAAUAGAUCUGCUAGAGGCACUUACACACACUGUCCAAGUAAUGGGAGAAGGCAAUAAGCGCGUGGUUACGUUGUCGCAUCGUGCUCAAGUACGCAGAUUCACCUCAGAUUUACUGCGAGUAUUGAAAUCGAAAGCGAGCAAACAAGUGGCACUCUCGGAAUUUCCAAGCGUUUAUCAACGAGUGAUAGCAAAACCAUGGGACAUCGUGGAUUACGGGGUAUGCGAUAUCGAAGAUAUUCUUGGUGAAGUGUCCGAGAAUACGGUCGUCGUAACUCCUAUGGAAGCCAAUGAUAAGAUGAUAGCCAUCCCCAAACGCGAACAGACUGCUGAAGAAAUGGAACGAACGAAAUUGUUCGCUAAGGAGGUGGUCGAAUUACUGCAACAUGCGCCGCAAUGUAGGAUGUUAUUCAAUAAGUUUGUACCUUCCUAUCAUCAUCACUUCGGCCAUCAAUGUCGCGUGUCGGAUUACGGAUUCACCAAGUUGAUCGAAUUGUUCGAAGCAAUUCCGGAUGUAGUCAAAAUCGAAGAAGUAAACGGCGGGGAGAGACAGAUAUCUUUAACUGAGAAAGAGGGUCUUAAGGUUCUCUCCGAACAAAUAUCGAAAUUGGUGAUACGCGCUAGAAGUGGCCUAAGUGUUUCGAGUAUCGCGCCAAAGUUCUUACGUCAUUUCGGCUACAUGUUACGUCCUGAAUUGUACGGUUGCAGUUCGAUGUUGCAGCUUAUGCAGAAGCUUGGAGAUACUAUUCAGAUUAUAGACUUGGCUACAGGACCAGCUAUCAUCACAGUAGACAAAUCGCAUUUGCAGCAAAGAACUCUCCAAUGCCGACGUGUGUUAAUGGACCAACCCCAACAUAGAAUGCCUGUCAAAGAGUUUGUAAAACAAUACUCUCAAUAUUAUAUGAAGCCAUGUAAUUUGGAAGAGUUUAAAAAAGAUCUAGCAAACGUUGUUCGAUUCACAGUGAUAAACGGCGAACAAUUCAUCGAGCUGACAACAUUGCAUUGCUUCGCUUGUGAGCUUUAUCGCGUAAUGAUGAAUCAUGGUGGUACAUUAAACUUAUCACAGUUUGAUACGUCAUACUUGAAUAUUAUAGGCAUAGCUUGUAAACCUGCACAGUAUGGUUUUCCAACAAUAACUGCACUUUUACAAGCCUUACCUUGUACUGUAACGAUAAAGGAGACACGGAAGAAAGAAGUGAUUAUCUAUUUGAAUAAAAAAUUAGCCGCUUCCGUCGGUAUACUUUUGCCAUCAAUAUAUAAGCCGAUGUCAUCUUAUCACGAUACGGAUUCCAGCAACGAUUCAUUUGAAAGUGAUUCUUCAUGUCGCGCAAAUGCUCCAAAUGCUCUCGGCGUUCGCAUCCAAAUGAAUGAUCAGAUGGAUCAUGAGAAAUGGAUCGAUCAGUUGACAAACAUUAAUUCUUGGAGAACGAAAGACGAUAAAACUCUGUGGUCGGACGUUUCUGAUAAGCAUUGGAAGAAUUUGCCGAGUUCGGAGGAACGCACAACUAAUUGGCCGGAAAGCGGCGGUGAAAGCUUCCUCAACAGCUUGAUGCGCACACCAAUAAUGCAACGUAAUUUCCCACCGCCGCCACCCAAACCCGAUUCACCACCCGAGGAUAUUGUAUGCAAGGAGGAACACUGGAAAUCAUCGCUCUGGUCCCCGACAAAAUUUACCUAUCCGCAAGAUGAACAUCCCACGAAUGUACAGGUUCCCCCGUUGACCUUACCAAGUUGGAAUCAGAUUCUGUCUGGCGACGGUAUAUCGAACUUGUUGUCGCCAACCAAAAAUCUAUUGCCCGCUGCUGCGAAUCCCUUGUAUCCGCCUACUUCUCCCUACUAUAAGUCUGUCGUGGCACCACAUCCGUCGGAAUUGCCUCUUCCUUCUCUAUCGUUAACACCCAAGAAGAAGAUAUUGGCAGAUAAUCAGAAAAAGACUACCGCCAACGUGAGAACUCAUUUCAAUCUUGCAAAUUCCGAAAGCGAGGAUAAUAUUAUCGACGAUGAUGAGAGCAGCGACAGUCAUAGCACUUCUAGUAAACUCUUUAAAGGCAAGAGACGUCUGGCGGCCCAAUUCAAUCAGCCGAUCGAGCCAUAAGCAGAAAAUGUGCAGAGAAAGAGAGAUAUUAAAAAAGUGAUAAGCUCAAGAUCAAAACCAGAUUAUGUUUAAUCAAUUUUUUCACGGAAAAAACAAAAAGCUUCAGACUUCAACGGACUUCAAUAGAUCGUCACCUAAAAUGGAUUUAAAUUACCUAUACUGUUCCAUGAAUGUGGUAGGUACCAUACUUAAUUUAUACUCGAAAUUUACAACAAAUCCAUACAAAUUAAAUGUAUAUGCAAACUGGAGGGAAAGGAUUAUAGCACGAAUUAUUUUCAAAGAGUAUGAAAAUCAUCGAGUAGAUUAUGAUUGUAUAAUCAGAAUCAUAAUAAGAAAUGUGUGAGCGACGUUUAUACUGAAUGACAUGUACUGAUGGCUAGGAAACAUGUAGCAUUUUUCGUACUGUGAUAUAGGAUAUAAAAAGAAGCGAGAUGAUAGUAAAUACUACAUCAAGAAGGGAGCUUGGGAUGGCAAUAAUUAAAUUUUUCGCGGUAAGUCACACACAAGAAGCGUG